CCAGAGACUUCAGGUGGCGGCCAGUGAGCGGAUUUGCUGCCUUCUUCUCCCCCUCGGACCAUGCGCCUGGCCACGGCUGCGCAGGAAUUUGCGCCGGGCGGAUCUAACAGAGGCGUCCCCGUGUAGACCCAGGCAACCGGCUGGAGACGCGUGGAGCUCGGGAGCGAUGUGAUACAAGCAAACAGCGACUCACACAUCGGCUCGUUUGUGGAUUUUCCUGUUCUUUAUCACUGUUGAUGCUUCGGUUGGCGAGGACGGGGGUCAUUUGCAUGAGCUAGAGAGGACGCCAGGUGCAAGCCAAAGAGACCUAUUCCCCAGUCCUGAAAUCAAACUGCAAGGCAGAUUCAACCCCAUACAACCCCACAGGAUAUUUACUCCUUUUGAACAUCUCUGAAGUUCUUUGACUCCACUGCUCAAGUUUUCAGAGGAUAAAAGGUUGAUCCAGCUACACUUGAACACUUGAUGAAAAUCUCACCACACUAUCCCAGUCUCUUUGCUUCUCUGGGAAUCCAAACCAUCUUGGAUCUGAGAGGAUAAAUACUGACAGCAAAAAUGUCUAGAGGGACUGCUUUCUGUAUUGCGCAGAGGCAGCCUUGCCUCUUUCUUCUCCUGGCAACGCUAACACUGUCCUCUGUUGAGGCUACAGAGUGUCCUCAGCUAUGUGUGUGCGAAAUCCGGCCUUGGUUCACACCCCAGUCCACCUACAGGGAAGCUACAACCGUGGACUGCAAUGACCUGCGCCUUACACGCAUCCCUGGUAACCUGUCGAGCGAUACUCAGGUUUUGCUUCUGCAGAGUAACUACAUUGCCAGAACCAGCGAGGAACUGGAGCAGCUCCUGAACCUGACUGAGCUGGACCUUUCCCAGAACAACUUCAGCAACAUUCACGACAUAGGCCUCACCAACAUGUCGCAGCUCACCACGCUCCAUCUGGAGGAGAAUCAAAUUGUUGAGAUGCCUGACUUCAGCCUGCAGGACCUUACAAAUCUUCAGGAGCUUUACAUUAACCACAAUCAGAUCAGUUUCAUUGCACCUAAUGCAUUUGCCGGGUUGCGCAACUUGCUAAGGCUCCACCUGAACUCCAACAGGCUCAAGGCCAUCGACAGCCGUUGGUUUGAUUCAACUCCCAACCUUGAGAUCCUAAUGAUUGGGGAAAAUCCUGUGGUUGGCAUCCUGGAUUUGAACUUUAAGCCUCUUGUUAACCUAAGAAGUUUGGUUCUUGCAGGGAUGGAGCUCACCGACAUACCAGGCAAUGCUUUUGUUGGACUGGACAAUCUUGAGAGCCUCUCCUUUUAUGAUAAUAAACUGGUGAGGGUGCCUCAAAAUGCUUUGCAGAAACUGCCAAACCUGAAAUUUCUGGAUUUGAACAAGAACCCUGUGCACAAAAUCCAAGAAGGAGACUUUAGAAAUAUGUUAAGGCUAAAGGAACUAGGUAUUAAUAAUAUGGGGGAGCUUGUGUCCAUUGAUCGCUUUGCAUUGGAUAAUCUCCCAGAGUUGACCAAACUUGAGGCCACCAACAACCCCAAGCUUUCCUUCAUUAGUCGAUUAGCAUUCCGUGAUGUGCCGUCUCUUGAGAGUCUCAUGCUCAACAACAAUGCUCUGAACUCCCUCUACCUGGCAACCGUCGAGUCCCUACCGAAUCUGCGGGAGAUCAGCAUCCACAGCAACCCAUUGCGCUGCGACUGUGUUAUCCAGUGGAUGAGCUCCAAUAAGACCACCAUUCGCUUUAUGGAGCCUCUUUCAAUGUACUGUGCGAUGCCACCUGAAGUCAGAGGCCAGCGCUUGAGAGAGGUACUUUCUCAUGAAUCUGCUGACCAGUGUCUGCCCAUGAUCUCCCAUGACACCUUCCCCAACCACCUUAACCUGGACAUUGGUAUGACAGUAGACCUGGACUGUCGCGCAAUGGCCGAGCCUGAACCAGAGAUAUACUGGGUAACUCCUCUUGGUAACAAGGUCAUGAUGGAUACCGUGUCUGAUAAGUACCGUCUCAGCAGUGCAGGAACCCUGCACAUAUCUAACAUUCAGGUGGACGACUCUGGUCACUACACAUGCGUUGCUCAGAAUACCGAAGGAGCUGACACUCGGGUGACUGCAAUCCGAGUCAAUGGUACCCUUCUGGACAGCACUCAGCUAAUGAAGAUCUACGUGAAGCAUACAGAAUCCCACUCCAUAUUGGUGUCCUGGAAGGUCAACUCCAACGUAAUGACAUCCAACCUUAAGUGGUCAUCUGCCACCAUGAAGAUUGACAACCCCCACAUCACCUACACUGCCAGAGUCCCCGUAGAUGUCCAUGAGUAUAACCUCACUCACCUUCAACCAGCCACUGAGUAUGAGGUCUGUCUCUCGGUCUCCAACAUCCACCAGCAGACUCAAAAGUCUUGUGUCAACGUCACGACCAAGCACGCCACCUUUGCUGUGGAGAUUUCCGACCAAGGCACCAACACGGCUCUUGCCGCCGUCAUGGGUACGAUCCUGGCCAUCAUCAGCCUGGGUUCCAUCACCAUCUACAUUGCCAAGAGAUGGAAGAGGAAGAACUACCACCAUUCCCUCAAGAAGUACAUGCAGAAAACCUCCUCCAUUCCUCUGAACGAACUCUACCCACCUCUCAUCAACCUGUGGGAGGUAGACAGCGAGAAGGACAAGGAUGGCUCCUCAGAACUGAAACCCACCCAAGUGGACACGACAAGAAGCUACUACAUGUGGUGAAGCCCAUCAGACUGUUCUUUUAGAGCACAAAGACACAUCUUUUGCUUAUUUGUGCGACAAAAAGACGUGGAUUGUUUUCUCCGCUUUGCUUACUGGAAGCAACUAUAUGAACUGAUAUCUCAGACAUUUUAGUAGAGCGUAUUGCCUUUCCCUCUCCUUCGACUCAACUUGGCAGCUUUGUUUAGUUUCCGAGACAUGUUAGUUAGCUGUGCUUUUUUUCUGUUCACUCUAUUUUAACAGCACAGCAUAGAUAUUGUCAAAGAUUAUUAUUUUUUGGGUCGAUUAAUGCUGUAGCAGUAAGUUUGAUCCAGUAUUGAUAUGUCUUUGGCAGUAUUCAUAGAGAAUGCAAAGUUUCUUUCUCUCUUUUGUAAAACAGUUUAACUGUUGUGCACUGAAAUAUAUUAACAAUUUUGUCCAUGGACUCAAAUGUAAGCUGACAAGGUGAGUUUAGACUUGAUACACUGUCUAUUGAAUAAUGUUAGCAAUUGUUCUGUAAUGUUGUAUCAACUAUAAUUUUAACUUUUUUUUUGAUUUUAUCAAACGUUAUGUUUCGAGUUAGAACUUCAAGGGAUGGUUCAACGUUUUAAAAAGUAAACCAAGUUUUUUGCGUAAACAGGGUCUAAUCAAUUCAUCAAUAACAUUUUUACCUCCCUGCUUAAAGAGAGGCCGUUGCAAAGAUGUGCUUUGUAAUUGACAUUCAUAACUCCAUACAUGAUAUACUUUAUGUGAUAAUUUGAGUGAGAUAUUCCAUACACUUUGUCGUAGGCACCACUAAUGUGCUGCAAUUUUGAAUAUUCUAGAUUUGUACUUUCUAAAAACAUUGCAUUCUGAAAAGAACAUACACUUAGCUCAGAAAUUAUUCAGCUUUAUACAUUUAAAUGCAUUGGUAAAAAGUUAAUAAAAGUAAAGAAAUACAGAUUACAGAGUUUAAUCAUUGCCCUCGGGGGAUACUUUUUAAUUUUUUUUAGUUAAGCAACAUCUUCAAACUGCACAUCAAAGUAAAACAAAUAAAUAUCAUAAUCUGACUCUGGAUAAGCAGGAAAAUUGGAAUUAUUGCCAAAAAGUUGAACUAUUGCUUCAAGAUUGCAGGUAAAACUGUAUACCAGCAAUAGAAAUGUGAAUGUUUAACAAUUAGGUGAGUAGAAAAUAAUGCUUUUUUAAUUAUUUCCUUUUUUUAUUUGCUAGAAUCAGUUAUUGAUCACUUGAUUUGUUGUGAUUUACACAUGCAAAAUAUGUUGCAUAUUAAGGCGCAAACAAAAAUAAACGACAGUUUUGUUCUGAUAUUUUUUAUACAAUGA